UAGUUUCUGAUUGGAGGCUUAUCAUUCUCCCUGUCAAAAAUGUAAUUCCGAUCAGACAACGAGCCAUUGCGAGGACAUAUUGACUGUAUUAUUAGCUGUAUAAAAGCAGCAACUUUCGCGUUCAAAUCAUGGGACCAUUGAGUAGAAGAAGAAGACGAGAGGCUCAAUUAUGCAGAAGUCAGAAAAACGAUCAGCAGAAGGACGGCGGUCCUGAUCAAUCUUCACGGCGUACGACUCGAGUCACAGUGAAAGACAAUGAGCAAUUCAGAAACUAUUACAAGAGCCAAAAUAUCUUAUCGGAAGAAGAGUUCGAAGAAUUUUACAAGGCACUGCAGACGCCUUUACCGAGCACGUUCCGUAUCACAGGGACUCGCAGCCAUGCGUUGUCGAUCCAAAGGAUGAUUAAAGAAGUGUAUAUUCCUGCAAUGCAAGAGAUAAAGAUUGACGGACAAAAAGUAGAACCACCACAGCCACUACCGUGGUAUCCUGACAAUUUGGGCUGGCAAAUUAAUGCAUCGCGUAUGGUGGUCAAACGGUCGCCUGAAUUCUCAAAGUUCCACAAGUUCAUCGUUGCCGAAACUGAGGCAGGUAACCUGAGUCGACAAGAAGCAGUUAGCAUGGUGCCCCCACUGCUGAUGGACAUCCAGCCUCAUCAGUGGGUGUUGGACAUGUGUGCUGCACCAGGAUCCAAGACCACACAAAUUAUCGAGGCUGUUCAUGCCAACGAUCAACUAGGCGAAUUGCCAGAGGGCAUGGUUGUUGCUAAUGACGCUGACCGUAAGAGAAGCUACUUGUUGAUCCAUCAAUUAAAGCGGAUGCAGUCACCAUGUUUUGUUGCGACCAACCACGACGCGGCUCACUUUCCUGGAAUCCGCAUAACGGAUGCGGAUGGCACGAUAGAAGGUCCAUUACGAUUCGAUCGUGUGUUGUGUGAUGUUCCUUGCAGUGGCGAUGGCACGGUGCGAAAGAACGAAAAGAUAUGGACGCAAUGGAAUCAAGGUGGAGCGCUUGAGUUACACAGCACGCAAGUUCAAAUAUUUUUACGCGGAGCACACCUUACCAAGGUCGGCGGCCGGAUUGUGUAUUCGACGUGUUCGCUCAAUCCGGUGGAGAAUGAAGCAGUUGUAGCAGAAGUGUUGCGUAAAGCCAAAGGCGCGUUGAUUCUCAGGGAUGUCUCCGAUCAGCUUCUCGGAUUGAAACGAAAACCUGGGCUUCACACUUGGAAGGUCAUGACUAAGGAUGGCAAGCACUGUGGUUCCAUGGGUGAUCUACAAGACAACAGCAACAGCAAACAAGAGGCUCAAAAAGGGAAAUUUCCAAAAUCAGUGUUCCCUCCUGACAAUGCUGAAGCGUUACAUUUGGAUCGCUGCCUCCGGAUAUAUCCCCAUUUGCAGAACACAGGCGGGUUCUUUGUUGCUGUAUUCGACAAGGUCAAGCCCAUGAGCCGAUCGGAGCGUGGUAGUGAUGACAGUGAAGACACUGCUACUACGAGUCCCAUCGUUCUACCAACCAAGCGGUCGGCUAGCAACAAUGAUAAAGGUGGCGAUAACGACGGUGGACCAAACAAAAGAGCUGCACGCGAGGCACCUUUUGAACUUGUACCAGAAGGCGAUGGCGAGAUUCAUCAGAUCAGUGAAUUCUAUGGUCUGGACCGUGCGUUCCCCAGGGACCAGUUCCUAGUACGAUCGGAAGGAAACAGCAAAAACAUGUACUUUGUGUCCCAAGCAGUCAAGGAAUUGCUAAAGCAAUCGGAUGUGCACAGACUAAACAUCGUCAUGACGGGCACUCGGGUAUUUGUGCGUCAGUCAUCAGCAGAAGCGUCUUCUUCUGAGGGUGAUCGAAUGCCGUUUCGUCUGACGUGGGAGAGCAUUCCUCUGCUAAACGCCAUGUUGUCAGAGCGACGGCGGGUACAGCUAGCAUCUGAUAUCGAGCUACAGACGCUCCUGACCGAGGCAUAUCCUAAGAUCGAGCGAUUCGAGGCCCAGACAAUUGCCAAGUUGGAAUCAAUGGAGCUAGGAUGCUGUGUGUUUGACUAUGGGGCGAUCGACAAGCCAGGGGGGGCACAUAACAACAAAUUGACUCUGCCUGUGUGGCGAGGACGAGUGUCACUGAGUCUGCUGCUGAACAAGGUCGAUAAAAGAGCCCUGAGCGAGCGACUGUUUGGAAUUGUCCCUGAAUCGACACCGGAGCAUCUGCGGGACCGGUCGGUUGCCAACCAGUCCAAGGACGAGGACAGGACUGCUGAAAGUGAAACCUUGCCCUGAGGAGCAAAGCAGAGCGAUGUCAUUCGGCCCUUGUCGAUGCAUAGAAAGACAAAUGCGAUUGGUUGUCGAUCCCUGAAAAUAAUUCUCCAUUUGGAAUGAAAGUUUGAGAUUAUUCCGAGUUG